UCGCUUUACACCACACUGUACGGACUGUUGCUGCGCCCGGAGCACCUGCAGGCGCUGAAGGAAGAAGGGAAAAAAUAGUGGAGGAAAAUAAGUGGACAGCGAUUGUCUGAAGACAUUUGAGAGAGGAGAGGAAGGAGAAGGGGGCCGGACAGGCGGGAGGAGCGCACCAUGGCCUCAAAGGAGACUACAGCAGCGGGCUUCGCCAACGUCAGCAGGGAAAUCACAGAGAGCAUCAGAAAGGUGCUGGACAAACAAGCCAUUAAGUUUGUGCGAGCCAUCAAGCAGGACAUGAGGAGCGGCAAAUCAGAGGACAGGAUUCUGGUCCUGGCAACAUGGAGACUGUAUCUCUUUGCUGUCAAAGUGCCCACCAAGGUCGAGGUCACCUUCAACUUUUUGGAAAUCAGAGCAAUGAACACCUACCCAGAACACCAGGUCAUCAUCGAUACAGACAAGACUACCUACUCGCUGAGACUACAGACCCAGGAACAGCUGGAUCACAUGGUCAGCCACAUCAACUACGCCCUCUCCCGAGUCUUCAACAACUCAAUUUACGCUCCUCCCAUUUGUCGAGCAGAGGGAGAAAUGCCUGAUGGGAGUCACAAGUUUUCACCAAACUCUGAGUCACCAUUAGAGCCCCAGAAAACCUGCGGAGGUUUUUCUGAGACCUAUGCAGCUCUUUGUGAUUACAACGGUAUUGGCUGCAAAGAAGAAGUGCAGUGGGACGUCGACACAAUCUAUCACUCUCAGGACAACAGGGAGUUCAACUUACUGGAUUUCAGCCAUCUUGACAGCAGGGACUUGGCAGUGAUUGUGGCAUCCAUUGCCUAUAACACCUGGUUCACCAAGCUGUACUGCAAAGACAUGCGCAUAGGCUCAGAGGUGGUGGACCAGGUUCUGCACACAAUCAGCAAGUCCAACAGUCUGGAGGAGCUGACUCUGGAGAACGCGGGACUCAAAUCGGAUUUUCCACAGAAGAUGGCGUCCGCAUUAUCAGAGAACCCAGCCUCCGUGAUUCACUCUCUCAACCUGGCUCAUAACACUCUAGACAACCAAGGAGUCUCCAACCUUAUUCAACAGGUGUGUCGCCUCAACAAGGGCCUGCGCCUCCUCAAUCUCUCCAAGACCUCACUUUCCUCUAAGGGUGUGGUUUCAUUGUCCCAGGCACUGUGUUCAGCUGACGACUACUCCAAUUCUCUGCUGCAUCUGGACCUCAGCAAAAACCCUGGGGUUCUGUCUGGAGAGGAUGCAACAAACCUGUACCUCUUCCUGGCCCAGCCUAACUGCCUAGUCCACUUGGACCUCUCUGGGACAGACUGCACUGUGGACUCGUUGUUUGGGGCCUUGCUGCGAGGCUGCUGCGCAGACCUCUCCUACCUGAAUCUGUCCAAGAACUCCUUCUCUCACAGAAAAGCCAGGGAUUCUCUGCCAACUUUCCGCCAGUUCUUCAGCUCAGCGUUCAGCCUCACCCACGUCAGCCUGGCCUCUAUGAAGGUCCCCCCUGAUUCACUGAGGGCGCUGUUCCUCGGUUUGUCCAAUAACCCUCAUAUCACUGAUUUACACCUGGACAUCAGCAGCUGUGAGUUGAGGUCAGCAGGUGCUGGAGUGAUUCAGGAACUGUUUCCUCGAGUUUCAUGUGUGGGGACUUUAGACAUCUCUGAUAAUGGCUUGGAUGCUGACUUGCUGGCUGUCAUCCCGGCGUUCUCCCGGCACCCCUCCCUCAAACACCUGAUGCUGGGGAAGAACUUCAACAUCAAGGGCAGGGUGCUGGAUGAAAUUCUGCAGAAACUAGUUCAUUUGGUGCAAGAAGAAGAGUGUGCUCUGCAGUCCCUCUCACUAGCUGAUUCGAGGCUUCGGCAGCGGGGUACGGUGCUGGUCAACGCCCUGGGCUCCAACGCGUGCUUACGGAAGGUGGACCUGAGCGGCAACCUCCUGGAGGACUCAGGGGCCAAGAUGCUCAGCAAAGCGCUACAGAUUAAUACAACACUUAGGAGUGUGACGUGGGAUCGCAACAACACCACAGUGACAGGCUUCCAAGAUGUGGCGAGAGCUCUGGAGCACAACUUCACCUUGCAGUACAUGCCCCUCCCCCUCAGCGAUGUCACGCAAGCGUACCGCAGCGCCCCAGAGAAGACUGACCAAGCCCUGACCAAGAUCCAGCGUGCCCUGCUUAGGAACAACCAGACUCAGCGUUUCUCUCAGAAACAGGCUCUCAGGCUGCACCAAGGCCUCGUCACCAGCACUGCUGAACAGGUGAUGGAGCGGCUGUGUGUACGGGUGCAGCAGCAAGUUUGUGUCCUGAAAGGCUGUGAGGAAGGAGAGGAGGUCCAGACGGCCAGACAAAUCCUCAAAGAAGCAAGAAACUCAAGAGCUCUGUAUCCAUCUCUGUGUGAGCUGGCCCACGUGUUGUCAGUGGACGGUCCUGUCAAGCAGCGCCUGGACACUCUGGCAGGAGAGCUGGCCAAGGCUGCAGACAAAGAGCUGCAGGUGGUUGUGGACUCCAUGGUGUCUCUUUGCCGUGAGUUGUGCCCCAUGUCCUGCUCAGCAGCUGAGAGACUGAGUCCACCUCUGUCAUCCAUCUCUGAACAAGUUUCUAUCCCUCGCUCCGCCAUCCGCAACGCCCUGAUGGAGAGAGCGGCUGAGGACAUCAACAGAGUCUUGGAAGAAGUGAAGCUGUCUGUGGUCUCAUAUCUGACCAACUCCAUUGUGGAUCAGAUUCUACAAGAGCUCUACACCACCCAUAAAACCCUGUUGCGGCAGGUGUCUCAGGCGAAGCGUUGGGAUGAUGUUGGGACGGGCAGACGCACCGUCAGACAGUCCAGAAUAGUGGAGUCUCUGGACUUCCCUGAUGAGGACUUUGGUGUCAACCUGGGAAUAGACACCAUGGCCAUUAAGAAGCGGAGCGCCAGAACUAGAAGAAUUCGUCCUGUCUCCACCAGACUGAGUUUAGGUGAUGAGCCCAGUUCCUCUCCUACACCUUCCGCUCCACCUCACUCUGCCCCCCUUACCCACUCGGCAUCAUGGGAGUGUCUGUCCACCCUUCCCACCAAUGGUUCCCCCUUACGUCACGUGACCCACGCUAGGCCACGCCCACCGCGGCGACACAGAGCAGGACACUUUCCUCCAGAAUCCCAUUGUUCAGAGAAUGGGGGAGUGAAUAUGCUGGAGGACGGACUGCCUGAUUUCUACAGCAAAAGAGUUCUACCUGACAGUCAGCUGUCAUCCCUUCAUCAGGCCCAGUCUCUGAGGAGGAAGAAAAGACGUAGCGUGCUGUCCAUUUUCUCAGGCUUCCGCAAGAACCGCAACUCCACCAUCUCUAAUCAGGACUCAGACAGCGCCUCAGAGAACGUCUACUCCAUGAUUCAGCAUCCUAAAGAUGCGGGGAGGCCAGAGAGCGCUGGCCCAGGAGCAAAUGGGAGCAUGCCUUCACCUCGCCCAACUCAGAGCAUGCAUGCGAUGAGGAGUGCCAGCCCCCCCUGCCUCAUCCAAAGACAGUCCACAGACCUGGUCAGCAUGGUGUACAGCUGCAUCGGGGCAGAAAUCGAAGACUCCGAUGGCAGCAGCAACUGUGACAUCAAAGGAACAGACCAAGAUGCUGACAGAUCAGUCACCAUCUCAGAUGCCCCAACAGAUACUCGAACUAACGGCCACGUGGUGUCCGCCAAACAACAGACGGACAGACAGAUGGAGACAGGCAGGCAGGAGAGGAUUGUCCCCCUGACAGACUCGCGGACUGAGAUAGAAGAUGAUGGACAGAGUGGCGGAGGUGGAAGCGUGGCCCCCUCUGGGCCAAGGCCAGAGCCACCUCCUCAGAGCACUAAGCCCAGUCUGGCUGUCAUGAGGCAGAGACACCUGCAGGAGAGUUUAGAAGAGGCAGGAAGGCUGGAGGCAGAAGGAGACCGAUGUGAAAGAAAGCGCGAGGAGAAGCAGAGAGGGCGAGGGCCAGAGGGAGAGCGUCCUCCCAUUCCCAAUAAGCCCAGCCUAGAUGUCUCCAGAGACAAGACCUCUCCGGAUAAGGCCAAGACGUCUCCUGUCACUCCAGGAGAAGAACAAACCAGUGACCAGAGGUGUUUAUCUCCCGAUCAGCCCGUCAUUGAAGGUGAGGGGACCACCGAGAGGAUGAGCCCACCGGGGUCUUCCAAGCCUGGGAUAGAAGCAGCAGAUCCUGCCGUACUCAGUCACGGCAUGGAACGGGAUGGCCCCUACGAUCUGGAGAGGUCUUCAGAUCGCAGAUUCCUUGUGAAAAAACCCUGUUUCCCUCAGUGCAGAAACAGAUCUCUGGACUACCCUGCUGGGACCGGGUGUUAUGAAAGCCCCCAGCUUGGUAACAGAGAUGCGUUAUGACAUUACCUGUGGACCAGGAGACGUUUGCUGGGAAGAAAAGACUGGGACACGGAGGACUGGAGAGAGACGAGCUUUUAAAACUGUGUGGACUCAGCUGACAAAGAUUCAGCAGGAUCCCUCUUUUUUUUCUUUUUUCUUUUAAUCCCUGCAAACAUUUGUUGCUGAAAAUGCAUGUACUGUAUGCUGGUUUUGACUGCUUGCACUUGCUAUUUUAUUCUCAGGCAUAAACAAAGCUCUACUUUUCAUACAAACACAGUAGAUCAGUGUCUCUCCAGUAUGCUCACAAACAGUUGUUUUACGCAUUUGUGCAAAAAUCAUUUAAUAUUGACACGUGUCUUUUCAUCCCCUCCCUGUAUUUAACUGACAAUCUGUGACUUCUGAAAGUGAGUUUUGUAGUGUAUUUAUUCUAAUGGGAUGUAUAUAAUGAGCAUAUAACUGCACUAACUGUUGUGGUAACUACCAGUUAACAAUCAUGAUUUUAUUUGUGAUAACAUAUCAUUUGAUAACUGCGUUUGUAAAGUAUGCUUUUGAUGUAUGCUAGUGAUGAUGAGUGAGAAAUGUGUUACCAUGCACUCCUGUCUCUCCAAGAGUAUUUAAAGUAGAUGGUAGAUUGUUUUAAUCAGAUUUUGCGGGCCUGAAAAUGAGUAUUUUUUCUAAAAAUGCUUCUAUGAAUCAGAAUAAAUAAAAUUGAC